CUCACCUCCCUCCGCGCCGCCGCCUCUCCACAGAUCCCCCUCUCGCGCCUGUUCGCUGCUCCCAGGAGCCAUGGCUGCCCCGAGCAGGAGCUCGCCGCCGGUUUAGCAGCGCUCCGGCCUCCUCCACGUCGCCCACAAGAACCCCCGCGCCAUCCCGGUUCCAUUCAGACGCCAGGGCGCACUCAAGGACUCCAUCCACAACGUCCACUUCUUCCUCUCGGACAGUAGAUCGCGCCAAGUUCGUCGACCUGCUGCCGACGCCUCCCCUCCGUUCCCGGCCACGUAUUCUUGUCCUAGGUGGGUGCAUAUGCCCAUGGGUUCAAAUGGUGCCCUCUCUCCAGUAAGAGGUGUUCCCGAGGGAGGGUAAAAGCAACAGCACAUCCAGCCCAUCAGAGGAGAAAAGGGAGAAAACAAAUUGAAGAGGAGAAGGAGCGGGGCAGCAAGCAGCUAGGUUAACUUUUACCCAGCGUUGAAGAUGAACGCUCGUCAGGUCUUGACUCGAACCACACUUAAGAAUCACAGAAAGGGUGUUCUAUGCAUAGUGAUACAUAAGAAGGAUGAUUCCCGCAAAAAGAAGAAGAAGGAGGAGGAGACAUUAGCCGCCAGCGGUUUCAUCGUUAGGGCUGCUCGAGGGAACAGAAGAGCUCUUGUGAUGACAUGUAAUCAUGUCGCUGCAUAUUUUGUCCCUCCUGGGGACAAGCUAGGCAUUAGAGCACCUGGGUUAGACCAGGAGCUCGAGUGUGAAAUACUCUACCAGGAUACCAACAAAGACCUAGCGAUUAUCGCUGUGUUUGGAAUGCCUGAGAAUUAUCCGGCUUUGAUAUUUUCCAGUGAGACAACUUUAACGAUUGGAACAGAUGCCGUGUUAGUGGCAUACUACACUCCCGAUAAGUUGGAGGAGACUAACAAUCCUAUUCCCAUUGAACCCGGAGCAUGUCCUGGAAGCAUUGUUGGACCAAAAAUCAGGGAAACAAAAGAAAUGGACUGGAAGGAAAGGAUGAGGCAUGAUUGCAAAUCAAUGAGUGGAUGCUCAGGAGGACCAGUUAUUGCAAAUGGUCGUGUCGUGGGAGUGCAACAAGAUGGUGACGUGCAGCAGGGGUACGCAGCUAAUUUUGUAACAGUGGAGGCUGUUGUGAGAGAAUGGGCUGGCUUGGAAGAUGGACAGGCUGCUGAUAGUACCCUAGAGGACCUGUUCGAGUUGCUGCGCGACUGAACCCGGCCUACACGUACUUCAACAAGUGAUGCUAGCAGAUGGUGCUUGACGUGCACUCGUUGUACUGUUCCAUGAUUAGUAAUGCUAGAAAAAUGCACGGAAAAUAAAGAAUGUAUAAAGGAAACGGAAGACUCGUGUUAUGAUGUACUAGCACUAAUUAGUUUCUUCUAACUAGUAUGCAGUUGAGCAUGAAUGUAAGAAUCUCUCUCAAAGACUUCAAGAGCACGAACUGUGUGCUCUGAUGCUUAAAAUUAACCUUUUUUAUGGUAUCUUAAAAUUAACCUUGUGUAGUGAA